AUGGGCUACAAUGGUUCUGCAGAGCUCUUUGCUGAAUGGGCCAUCGGCUUGGUGGUUAUAGCUGUUCGCUUUUAUGCGCGAUGGAAUGUUGGGAAAAGAAGUUUUUACUGGGAUGAUCUAUGUCUAGGUUUUGCCACGGUCUUCUGGACUUUCCACACAAUCUUCUUAUAUUACUGCACUGAUGUCUAUGGCUCAAACAUCGGUCUAACAGAAAAGACUGCAAUGGAGGUGCCUGAUGAUAUGGCAGCAAAGUUGAGGAAAGGCUCAAUAUUUGCAUUCAUUGCUUGGUUAUCAUACAUAUUCAUGGUAUGGUCAUUCAAGGGUGUCCUCAUGUUCCUCUACAGUCGACUAACAAUGGGACUGUGGCAACACCGUCUGGCCCAGAUAGUAGGGGUAGCCUGUGUCUGCACCUUUCUCACCUCGCUAUUUUUCCACCUGUUCAUAUGCUACCCCGUCCACCGGAGCUGGCAGGUGAAGCCCUACGCCGGAGACAACUGCACCAUCCGUCCAUUAAAUUACAUUGUCAUCGAAACCCUCAGCAUCGUGACCGACCUUGGUAUAAUGAGCGUUCCCAUCCCUCUCGUCCUGGCAGCCCGGAUCCCCACUUCGCAGAAGAUUUUCCUCUGCGCACUCUUCUCCUCCGGCGUAUUCGUCAUGGUCGCCGCCUUUCUCCGCGCCUACUACUCCGUCAAGGACAUUAAUACCUUAUCGACUGCAUUGGGCUGGGCAUCCCGCGAGGCACUGGUGUCGGUCUUUAUUGUCUGCGCACCGGGUAUAAAGCCUCUUUUUGCCAAGUUUGGCUGGUUCGGCUCGUAUGCGUCACAUGGGUAUGGGUAUAAGUAUGGGGCUAGUAAUACGCCAAGGAGGCGGAGUGGGAUGUUUAAUUCUAUGGGGACGGCUAAGGAUGGACAUCCGUAUGAAAUGUCGCUUUCGAUGGGUAGGAAGAAGAGGGAAUCGUCUGCGGAAAGUCAGGAACGCAUUGUAGGUUCCGGAGUGGAGAGAGACCAUAUGGAUGUGAAUAAGAGGGAGGGUAUUAUGGUUACUACGGAUGUGACGCUUGCUCAUGAGGACUCUGACGAACAAGUGGGGAGAAGAUAG